AUGAACGAGCUAGAAGAGGUGGAAAACUACCAUGCCACUCACCUCAACUCAGCUACAGCUCAGAUCAACCAAUCUUCAAAUGACGUAGGCCUCGAAAAUGGUCAGUUCAGCGGUAGCCAUGGAACAAGCGGCUCAACCACGCCCCGGGCCUCUCACACGGCGUCGGCGGUGGCGACAGGCCAUGAUGAGAAGCACAAGGAGAAAGACCUCGAUUCCUCAUCAGCCUCAUCCCAAACAGAGGACGACAUCGGCUUCGCGCCCAUAUCAACCCGCCCCAAUCGCAACCGCAUCAACCUCGACCACUUAGCCGACAGAGUCACAAAAGACGAAGCCGAGAAGGAGGAAGAAGCAGACGAAGAAGCGGCAGCCCGCGAAGGCGCCGGCGAGACCGUCGACGAAGAGAAGCGCUUCGAAGUCGGCUGGGAAGGAGGCGACUCGGACCCUUUGAACCCGCGGAGCCUGGCGACCUGGCGGAAAUGGAUCAUCAUCGGGGUGUUGAGCGUCGGCUCCUUUGCCGUGACGCACGCCUCGGCCAUCUACACGGCCACGUACACGCAGAUGAAUGCCGAGUUCCACUGCAGUCGCAUAGUAGCAACGCUUGGCCUCUCGUUCUUUGUGCUGGGCAUCGCGCUGGGUCCGUUCUGGUCACCGCUGGCCGAGUUUUAUGGGAGGAGGCCCAUCUACAUUUGCUCAUUUGCUGGGUUUUUGAUCUGGUUGAUCCCUAGUGCGGUGGCCAAGAACAUUCAGACCAUGGUUAUUGCGAGGUUCUUCCAGGGUCUGGCGGGCAGCGCGUUUUUGAGUGUCUCCGGUGGCACGGUGGGCGAUUUGUUCACUAGGGAUAAGUUCCAGUUGCCCAUGGCCAUCUUUGCGUUGUCGCCGUUUAUUGGACCGUCAACGGGACCGUUUGUGGGAGGACUGAUCAAUACCUUCACGAGCUGGAGAUGGACGCAUUACUUUUUGAUCAUUUGCGCUGGAGUGUUGCUGGUUUGCGUUGUAGUGCUGGUACCGGAAACUUAUCACCCCGUUCUCCUUAAGCGCAAGGCCGCCAAUCUCCGAAAGACCACCGGCGACAACCGCUGGCACGCCCCAAUCGAGCGCACCACCAAGUCCGUCGUCUCCACCGUUGGCUACUCCCUCCUACGACCGUUUCAGCUUCUCCUGCUUGAGCCCAUGUGUCUCAUCCUGGACAUCUACACGGCGGUACUCCUGGGCGUUUUGUAUCUCUUCUUUGGCGCAUUUCCCCUCGUUUUCCGCACCAACUAUGGCUUCAAUCUCUGGCAGGUCGGACUCACCUUCAUGGGCCUCGGCGUGUCCAUGGUCCUGGCCUGCUUCAUCACUCCCGUCUGGACGCGCAUUAGAAAUGGCCUGGCCGAGAAGCGAUUCAAGAAGACGGGCAUCAUGAAGGGCGAGCCCGAGGACCAGCUGCCGCCCGUCAUUGUGGGCGCCCCGCUCAUUACGGGUGGUCUGUUCAUGUUCGGGUUUAGCACGUAUCCGUGGGUGCAUUGGAUCGUGCCUGUCAUUGGGUCGUCGAUCUUUGGUCUGGGGUGA